GAUUUCCUACAGAUUGUGGGAUUUUCAUCUGCAUUUUUUUUCAUGACAAUUAAGAAUUCUUUUCUAAUACUCCUCAUUUCUAACUGACAUCUAACAAUUCUUAAUCACAUAUCUUCUCAUGACCGGUCAAUUUAGUCUGCAAUAUAUGUUGCGCCUACGACAACUCGAAUCGCAAUUCCGUGAAGAAAGCUCCUAAAGAUUAUUCUGCAACGAAAUCAUAUUGAUUGCCGUUUUUAAUUCGGGUUCUCAAGAAAGAUACGCUAUCUACCCCAAAGAAGCUUAUUCUAAUUGUCCUAUUUCAUAGAUUACAAUAACACAUGCUUAAAAAGGCGUUAAUUCUAUCUACCUCCUCGUUGCAAUAAUCGAAUAUGCAGGUCGUUCACAAUAAGCACCUAGGCGAACAGGAGUCUAGGAAAAAAUGUGGAAGCGAAGCAAAUGUCAACAAAGAAGAGGAGCACAAUUACAAGCACUGUAAGAUUCAUGACAAUAUUAUCGAUGAUGACGUCAAUGAUGUAGAGGAAGUUCAUCGUCCGGCUUUGAAUGUGAAAGUCUCUUCUCCAUUACACGAGUUCACUAAAUUCGGCGAGUUAACCCCGGAAAUCAGAGAAAUGAUAUGGAAGCUUGCAAUAAACACCACAUUCACCGAAGUCUACGAGAAUAACCAUCACUUGAGUACCAUUGGAUAUCCAGAGGAGGAAUUUAUCUGGUGCUGCAAAUUGAUGUUAAGGCAUGCUCAUACCAGCUCCGAAGCUCGGUGGAUUGUCGCAAGGAAAAUGUUUCGCUUCGGCGGCGACGAAUACAAACACCUUACAGAAAAAACGAUGGAUCGGUGUAUCUUCCCGGUAGUGAACGAGAUAACGCUCCGUAAAUUCUAUGAUUUUCUUUCAUGCUCAGUAUCGGAUGGUUUCUCGAGAUCAUGCGGAGGGAUUUUAAGUGAUGAACGUAAAGAAGAAAACGCAAAGCACUUGCAAAAGCUCCUCGAAGCUUAAUUGUGCCUUUAUGACUACGCCUGCGAUUAUCCUACGCCAGAACUGAACGAUUUUCCGAGUUGGCCAAUAAACGAUCAGCUUCCAUCUUUCCAAUGUUCGAAACGCCGCAUCAUCGCAUAGAGCUGGAUAGUUUAAUGCGUCUCGGAAUUCGUGUGCUAAGACACAAUUCCGGAUUUCGCUUCGUCAACAAUGAUUCUCUAGAUCACGAGCAAAGGAAUCAGAACAUCACCAUAAAUCCACGACCCCACAGAUCAUAAUAUACCAAUACUUGAUCACAGCCUGAACGAGUUAUUCCGAAGCCGCAGAUACCAAUCUUUGCUCAACCUCCAUCUCAAGCCAAACUCCACACCAACCGCCACCAUCAACAACCACAACCACAACCACAAGCAUCUCGACCUCCACACCCACCCCACUUCCACCACCCCCUUUCGAACCAAAAUCCGCAGAACCAUCUCAUCCACCCCAUCUGAAAGAACCCUCUACCUCAGAAUCUACAAACAGAAAAACAAAACUGCAUCGACCUACCUAGUAGACACCAUGCCACCCCUCUUAACACGGCACAUAAUAUCACAUCACAUCACUAAUACCGAUACCUACGCCAAUAUUCAUUCCCAUCAUGGAAAAAGACUCUUAUCUUAAUAAUAUCAAUUUUGAUCCUUCGGGUUCAUCUUCUUGUUGAUAGAAAUCCUAGUUUAUAAUCUUUAAUAUUUAAUUUAUAAUUUACAAUCAAAUCACAUCACAUUAUUCA